ACGCGACUCUAAAAUCGUUCGCGACUAAUCGCAACCACGAAAAGUGCAGUGUUCAACAUGCAAGUGUUCACCCCUUUACUCGUGGCCUGGGUGAUAGCGACCGUCCGGGCGGUGAUCAGGACGCCCUUAGAAGCUUUCAGACCAUCAGGAGAGAUUCAUAUUAGGAGACCGGAUAAACUUCUGCUCUUGCCUCAUAGAAGAACCACACUACCGGCGAAGAGUGGUCUAAGAAUUUUAUAUCAAACUGGGGGUUCUGAAGACGACUUGCCCGAAUGCCGGUCGCGGCAGGUCUGUAGCAAGGUUGACCUGUACGACUCUGCUCAGCCGUGGAUCGAGAGGAAGUGCCGCUGUCUUGGACACAGGCCCUGUUCCAGCGACCUAUCAGCCGACGACAACCACACUUUAUCCGACAAGACCACCCUAUACAAGACUUGCGAGCCCGUGAAACGUUUGCCUAAAUGCCGGUACUUCAAAGAUGCAGCGUGGACCAUCUUCUCCUUCUCAGACAGCAAUGCGACCCAGCAGAUAGUCAACUGCCACUGCCCAAAGAAUUCCGUCACGUAUCUUCUAAAGAAAUUGCCUUAUACGACAUCUAGCGGGGAAAUGGGAAACCAAUAUCAGUUCGCGUGCUCGCCGCAAAGCAGACUUCGUUGCUCACGGAAGGAACCUUGCAAACUGUUCAGCGCACGGAGAAGGCAUGAGCAAAUCGACGAAGUGAACGCAAACACAAUAUGCCAGUGCCCCAGGGACCACUCUUGUCCUAGGCACCACACGGAACCCGGGGUCCUGCCCGGGGUCACCUACGCCACCGAAGACAUCCGCACGUACCACGGAUACUGCAUGCCCGAAAUAUCCGAAGUAUAUAGAUUCGUAGGUGAUAAAGAUUGAGAAACACCGACCAUUCCUAUGUGACCAAUGUAUAAAUCAAUACAUUGAAAUCCAACGUCUUAAAGACUUUCGUUUGCUCAUUACCUGUGUAGUACAAAAAUUCUCUAAUAAUGGGUUUAGGACAGACGUAACAAGUAUUUUUAGUUUCUGUAUGACUUAGUUUGUAAGUGCCAUCAUUUAAUUGAUCUAUAGCUGAUGUAAAUCAUGGCUCUUAUGUGAUACAGAUAUUGUAAAUAAUUAGUAUAACACAAUUUGUUUCUGUUAAAUUGUAAAUAUUUUAGUUAGGCGAUCAUUCCAAACGUUUCAGUUUUAAGUUAUUUUUCAUAAUUUAAUUAUUUGCUUGCCAUACUUAAUUCAGUCUUCCAAUCAAGUCAAGAAGACAGAUUGUUCAUUGUUUUGUUUGUGUUAACGAUUGUAUAAUAAUUUUGUUAUACGAUAAGAAGUUUUAUGGUUAAGCUUUAUCUUAAGG